AUGAUGAACCCAAUGCAAGCGCAGCAGAUGAUGCAGCAGCAGCAAAUGAUGCAGCAAAUGAUGAUGCAGCAGAUGGGAGGCGGAAAUGCUCCCGCAGCUGGCUCUGACAAAGCCAAAGCGGCACCAGCAAUGAAAAAGAGAAAAGAAGAUGACAAAAGCAACAUCGUGUUCGUAGGUGGUUUACGGAAAAGCACGACGGAGGACAAAGUGGCCGGUCACUUCUCGAAGUUCGGACAGGUCGACAGCGUAGACAUUAAGAGGUUACCUGAUGGCACAUCUCGGGGCUUUGCCUUUGUCAAGUUUGUGGAGGUUGAUUCGAUUGCCAAAGUUCUAGAAGCCCAGAGUAGUCAUAUGAUUGACAACAAGUGGGUGGCUGUUAAGCCGCAUGGUGGAACUGCUUUCACAGAGGAUAAGAACCGGGAAAGAGCCAAGGAGGCGGCAGAGUUAGCUCGACAGAAGCAGAAGAAGGAUGACUCCAGAGUGGAGUCUGCAGAUGAUUAUGACGAAAAAUGGUCCGAAAAUUAUCUUCAGGCGGCUGCGAAUAUGGGCGCCAACAGUGGUGAGGAUUCGAAAGCUGACGGACAGCAGGCCAACCCUAUGGCAGCUAUGGGGGCAAUGAUGCAGAUGAUGGGAAUGAUGCAGAUGAUGGGAGGUGGCAUGCCGGGGAUGAUGGGUGGAGGCAUGAUGAACCCAAUGAUGAACAUGAUGGGCGGAAUGGGCAAAGGCGCGUGCCCAGCGUGCCCUUCUGGUUGUGGUUGUGGCUGCUGUGGCGGUUGUCCUGGAUGUGGUUGUUGCCCCACCAGCUGUCCUGGCUGCUGUGGCUGCGGCGGCUGUCCUGCCUGCGGGCCUUCGGGGAGCUGUGGGGGUGGUGGCUGUGCUGAGCUGACGCCACCACCUGCGCCAACUCCAGAGGAGACUGGAGAGACUAGUGGGUGCGGCCCCGUGAAAAACGAGAGCGGUGCGACAGAGCGGCCCCAGCCGUACUGA